AUGGCGCCAGUACCCCGCUUGGCCGCUAGCCUGAAUUUGCUGCAGCCUUCCUCCACCAGCGCCGUGCAGCCGGGGAUCAACUUCGAGACGCAACCCUGGAAAUCAUCAAGAAUGUCGCCCAUGAAUAAACAGAGUAACUACAGUAGUAGUAAUUGUGGCGAGGACGUUGCUGCCCAGGUCAAUGUCCUUGCCUCAUGCUACAUCGUUGGUACCGCGGCCCAGCUCAAGGGCCUCCACUACUGCACUACCGGGGGGCGGAGUGGUAUUCCUGAGGUCCCUACCUCAGGACUCCCAUCCCCACCAACAAGCCCCCCCCUCGCCGCCAUAACCUCAUCCAACGAACUCGCCCUCUUGCCCAAGCAAAACAAGAGGCGCGACAUCCCAGGCGGCCGCCGCCGGGAUCGGCGAGGGGGGGCAGCACUCGUAAUCAGGGAAGAAUGUGAGAGAUUCUUUUGCGAGCCCAUGAAGACAGCAUUCCGCGGUGAGAGGAACCUGUCGAUGCAUGGCUCCGGCCUGAGCGGUGCUUAUUUGCAAACGCCACCACCAGAGAACCAGCUGCGCGCCCGUGCCGACCGCAGUGACGGCGCCUUCUCUGAGUCGGACAACCAUUUCUUUGCCAGCGACGACGCUGCGCCGAAAGGCGGCUUCGAAGUCGACGCCUGGAUGGAGGUAUGGGACUAUGGCGGUGGCGCCAGCUUCCGCGCCUUCCUGGCCAGCAAGGACGGCAGAGAGAAGUCUCUGUUCGUCUUUUUUGACCUCCAAGGCGUCGCGGGGCGCGAUUUGAAGAAGGCCUUGAUGGCGCUCAUCGAGCUCGCCGACGGCCCGCUCGGCUGCGUCAGCAUCGUGACAUGCAUGGAUCGUCGCAUGCCCGUCGACGAAGCCCUCGAGCUAACCAAGAGCCUCCAGUGGGUCGGUUUCGAGAUGACGACCCUCGACCACUGGGCCAACGACGUCGACGUCACAAGCCACCAGUGGCUUUUCAUGGGCAUGGAGCUCUAG